AUGGCUGAGACUGAGACUGACAGGACCCCACUGCAACAGAAGCUGGAUGAGUUCGGUGAACAGCUGUCUAAGAUUAAGAAGGUCUACGAGAAGGUGGGAGAGGCGACAGAGACGGCGCUGUCCGUGCUUGUAGAGAAGAUGAACGUCUACAACACGUCGAAGACCGGCCUGUCGAAGCGCGAGCUUGCCGGCGUCUGCAACCGUGUCAUCCAGCAGCAGGUGAAGAAAGAUUUCACUCUGGAGUUCUCGCGUGACCGCAAGUCGAUGAGUACUUACGUUACGCCGAUCCGCCCCAGCCGCAUCGUGCCCGGCCCACGCAUGUUCGUCAAGGGCGCCACCGAGGGAAUCCUCGACCGCUGCUCGUUCAUCCGCAUCGGCAACAACCGUGUGCCGUUCACGGACACGAUCCGCGCGAAGGUCAUGAAGCUGGCGACGGAGUACGGCACUGGCCGCGACACUCUGCGCUGCCUCGCUCUCGCCACCGUCGACAACCCCGCCAAGCCCGAGUCCAUGAAGCUGCAGGACCCAGCCAACUUCGUGCAGUACGAGACGAACAUGACGCUCGUCGGUGUCGUCGGAAUAACGAAGAAUGGACGGCAAGUGAAUGUUGCUGACUACGAGGCACUCACAGAGUUUGCGACGAUAUGUUCGCUGUGCAAUGACUCGGGUCUGCACUUUUGUGAGAACACGGCCGAGGCGAUCUGCCGCCGCAUCGGAGUCUUCAGCGAGACGGAGAGCACCGAGGGCAUGUCGUACUCUGGUCGCGAGUUCGACGCGCUCAGCGUUCCGGAGCAGCACGCGGCCGUGUCGCGCGGGCGCCUCUUCUCGCGCGUCGAGCCCGCACACAAGUCGAAGAUUGUCGACUUCCUGCAGAUGGACGGCGAGAUCACGGCCAUGACCGGUGAUGGUGUGAACGACGCUCCCGCGCUGAAGAAGGCCGAGAUCGGUAUCGCGAUGGGUUCGGGAACGGCUGUCGCCAAGUCGGCGUCCGAGAUGGUGCUUGCCGAUGACAACUUUACGAGCAUCGUCGCUGCCGUCGAGGAGGGCCGCGCCAUCUACAACAACAUGAAGCAGUUCAUCCGCUACCUGAUCUCAUCCAACAUCGGUGAGGUAGUGAGGUAA